ACCGUCGCGGUUUCGGCGGCGGAAACAUGGCGGCCGUGGCCGGGCCGGUCAUGGAGAAAGUUUCCGACGAGAGGGGCCUGUGCUAGAACGUGCAACCUCGGGCCCUCGCCUCCCCUGGCGUGUCGCAUCCCUGCUCCGAGUAGCGGGCUCAGCCCUAAAUCUCUCCCUUUUCCGUGUUGGCCCCAGAGACGACUCCGAGUGUUCAGUCAUCUGAGCCAAACUGUACUAUCAACUCUUUGAGGAUAUAUAUUCCAACAUAUUUGUUGAAUGAUUAUAUAACCCAUAGAAGUGAUGUUUUAAAAAAUGCAGUGCACCCUAGAUACUAUCAGUUUCUUCUAUGUAAGUGAAAAGAUAAAACCUAAAUAUACCGAAGGAAGGUAUUUUCUUCAGUGGUGUGUGGUAUCCUCAGAUCGCUAUAAACAAAUCCCACCCAAGAAAAUGCUGAAAUAGGAGUUCAGAUACAUUGGAUUUGCUGGAUGAAAUACAAGCAGUUAAUUUUUGUAAAGUGGGGAGAAAGCCCAAAUUAACAGAUUAAUGUGUAAAUCACUGCGUUAUUGCUUUAGUCAUUGUCUCUAUUUAGCAAUGACAAGACUGGGAGAAGUAAACAAAGAAGUAAACAUGCAUUCUUCAGUGCGUUAUCUUGGCUAUUUAGCCAGAAUCAAUUUACUGGUUGCUAUAUGCCUAGGUCUUUAUGUAAGAUGGGAAAAAAUAGCAAAUUCUUUAAUUUUGGUCAUUUUUAUUCUUGGUCUUUUUGUUCUUGGAAUUGCCAGCAUACUCUAUUAUUACUUUUCAAUGGAAGCAGCAAGUUUAAGUCUCUCCAAUCUUUGGUUUGGAUUCUUGCUUGGCCUUUUAUGUUUUCUUGAUAAUUCGUCCUUUAAAAAUGAUGUGAAAGAAGAAUCAACCAAAUAUUUGCUUCUAACAUCCAUAGUAUUAAGGAUACUCUGCUCUUUGGUGGAGAGAAUUUCUGGUUAUGUCCGUCAUCGACCCACCUUACUAACCACAGUUGAAUUUCUGGAACUUGUUGGCUUUGCCAUUGCCAGCACAACGAUGUUGGUGGAAAAGUCUCUGAGUGUCAUUUUACUUGUUGUAGCUUUGGCCAUGCUGAUUAUUGACCUGAGAAUGAAGUCUUUUCUAGCUAUUCCAAACUUAGUUAUUUUUUCAGUCUUGUUGUUUUUCUCUUCAUUGGAAACUCCCAAAAAUCCAGUUGCUUUUGCAUGUUUUUUUAUUUGCCUGAUAACUGAUCCUUUUGUUGACAUUUAUUUUAGCGGACUUUCAGUCACUGAAAGGUGGAAACCCUUUUUGUACCGUGGAAGAAUUUGCAGAAGACUUUCAGUUGUUUUCACUGGGAUGAUUGAGCUUACAUUUUUUAUUCUCUCAGCAUUUAAACUUAGAGACACUCAUCUCUGGUAUUUUGUAAUACCAGGCUUUUCCAUUUUUGGAAUUUUCUGGAUGAUUUGCCAUAUUAUUUUUCUUUUAACUCUUUGGGGAUUCCACACGAAAUUAAAUGACUGCCAUAAAGUAUAUUUUACCCAUAGGAUAGAUAAUAAUAGCCUCGACAGAAUCAUGGCAUCCAAAGGGAUGCGUCAUUUUUGCUUAAUUUCAGAGCAGUUAGUUUUUUUCAGUCUUCUUGCAACAGCAAUUUUGGGAGCAGUUUCCUGGCAGCCAACAAAUGGAAUCUUCUUGAGCAUGUUUCUAAUUGUUUUACCAUUGGAAUCCAUGGCUCAUGGUCUCUUCCAUGAAUUGGGUAAUUGUUUAGGAGGAACAUCUGUUGGAUAUGCUAUUGUGAUUCCCACCAACUUCUGCAGUCCUGAUGGUCAGCCAACACUUCUUCCACCGGAACACGUACAAGAGUUAAAUUUGAGGUCUACUGGAAUGCUGAAUGCUAUCCAAAGAUUUUUUGCAUAUCACAUGAUUGAGACGUAUGGAUGUGACUAUUCCACAAGUGGACUGUCUUUUGAUACUCUGCAUUCCAAACUGAAAGCUUUCCUUGAACUUCGGACUGUGGAUGGCCCUAGACACGAUACAUACAUUUUGUAUUACAGUGGACAUACCCAUGGUACAGGAGAGUGGGCUCUUGCAGGUGGAGACAUACUACGCCUUGACACACUAGAAUGGUGGCGAGAAAAGAAUGGUUCCUUCUGUUCCCGACUCAUUAUCAUAUUAGACAGUGAGAAUUCAAUUCCUUGGGUGAAAGAAGUGAGAAAAAUCAAUGACCAGUAUAUCGCAGUGCAAGGAGCAGAGUUGACAAAGCCAGUAGAUAUUGAAGAAGCUGACCCACCACAGCUGGGUGACUUUACAAAGGACUGGGUAGAAUAUAACUGCAACUCCAGUAAUAACAUCUGCUGGACUGAAAAGGGACGCACAGUGAAAGCAGUGUAUGGCGUGUCAAAACGGUGGAGUGAUUACACCCUGCAUUUGCCAACAGGAAGUGAUGUGGCCAAACACUGGAUGUUACACUUUCCUCGUAUUACAUAUCCACUAGUGCAUUUGGCAAAUUGGUUGUGUGGUCUGAACCUCUUUUGGAUCUGCAAAACUUGUUUUAGGUGCUUGAAAAGAUUAAAAAUGAGUUGGUUUCUUCCUACUGUGCUGGACACAGGACAAGGCUUCAAACUUGUCAAAUCUUAAUUUGGAACCCAGAGUGGAAUAUUACUGAGAGUACGUACUACCAGUUAUCGCUAACUUGCCAUUUUUUUGUAUAUUUUUAUUUGUAAAAAAAAAAAAAAAAAAAAUCUUGCUACUUCUGUUGUGUUCUCAUUUUAUCUUUUCUCAAGUAAUUGUGUAUGUAAGGUGUUGGAAAUAAGCAUUAUUUUGUACUAAAAGUAUGUAGGGAGUCACAGAUGCUGACUUUGUACAUGUAUAAGAGAUGUUAAAAAUAAUUACAAUGCACUUUGAGGAAUGUUUGCAUAUGCCUCUGAUUAGAAAGGAGACCCUUGUCUCUGCUCUGCAGUGGCCAAUGAAGAAUUACUGAUGCCUUAUUUUCUAGGCAUAGAUUAGAGAAUGUAAACCGGACAAUUUGUUUACUGUUAUAUAAGAAAACUACCAAUUUGCUUAUAGAAGAUUAUUUUUUGUGAACAGUAGGUUUGGGUCCAAGACCAUUUGAAGCAUUACAGACUCUUUCGUAGAAAAGGAAAAAAGGAAGAAGUCUGGCUUAAAAUGAAUGCAAAAUUUGCUUAUAGUCCAUCACAUUUAGAUUCUUGGUUAUGACCUGUCACCGGUAUCACAGAGAAGCCCAAAUCACUAUUUAGGUCAAAACAUUCUUCAUGUGGGUAACUGUAAGAAGCUAGAGCCUACAAAUUGCUCCUUCAAGUCUUGUUGGGGGCCUCUGAAAGCACUGGCAAAGAGUCUUUCUCAGGGUAACAAUGUUUUCAGCUACAAAUUCGUUCCAGAUAAAUUGUCUUCCCUUCUAAAAUUAGUCUUAGGAAAGAAAUCUAGCACGUUGUCAUUGAUUUAGGCUAUUUUCUGUAUUCAGAAGCGAUUUUAAUCUUUUCAGAGUUAAUGCUCUGCCAUGAAAACUAUUUUUCAAAUCCCCUUUAGUGGUAACAUUUUUUUCAACUGAAGGUCAAAGGAUUGGAAACAGGUCAUUUUUUUUUUUCUUGUAUACAUGUAUUAUGUAAAAAAAGUAUUCGUAUUGAUGAUUUUAGUUCAGCAGAAUGGUGUGGUUGAAAUUUUUAAAACUUGAUUCAGUGUUUUAUCUGAUUAAAGCAAGCAAGGAUCAGAAUAUCUCCUAAGAGGUAAUUUACCUUCUGUUCCCUUCCAGUAAUCCUUACAUUCUAAGUUUUCAUCUCUGAGAAAUAACAAGGAGGGAGAAAAAUUACAUUAGGGGAUAAUCUAAUCUUUGUUGUUUAAAUGGUGUGACUUCUCACCAUCAAAAGCCAUUUUUCUAGCCUCAGAGAGAGGAAAUAAUGCCUCUACCAUUUUCUACCUGGUGACUUGAAAAUUGAAGUUUUAGUUAGGAAGUCACUUAGCGUCAGGGAACUUGUAUACCACUAUCUAUGCAGCAUUGUUAUAUAGUCUGAUUAUUUCUAUGUUUUGAGUAUGAUUUUCCUAAUGUUCUGAAUAAAAUUUUGUCAAAAAUUAA